AUGAAUCUUGUUGAUUAUAACCCAAAUUAUCACUCUGUGCUUUCUGCCAAUGUUGCUAUUGGCUAUCAAGGAGAAUCACUAGGCAAAGGUGAGUUGGAGUUAAGAAGUUCUCAAAUUAAGGUAGAUAAUGUUGGAUUGAUGGAAGGUCCAAUAUUCAUUUCAUUCAAGUUAAAGGGUCAACAAGAACAAAUGAAAAGAACUGAACUGAACAACGAUAGAAUUGAAAGCAAAUCUAUCAUGGCAAAUGUCUAUUAUCAGCAGGAUAAUGGAUUUUUUUCUUUUUACCCAUACGUUGGAGUAGGACUAGGAGUGACGCAAACCAAAAUGUUUGGAGAGGAAUCAGUAGAUUCUGCAUAUCAACUAAAAGUUGGGUUAAGUCAUCAAGUGAGUAAUAGUGUGAGUAUUCAUAUUGGGUAUAGCUAUUUUAGCAUUGUUGGUAACAUAUUCAAAUUGUCUAACGUUAAGUUUAUGCAAUACGACAGAAAGGGUCGUACGUGUAGUAAAAGCUACAUAGAUAAUCUUACUAUAUAUAGUGACUUUUCUAGCAUACAUGGAAUAGAAUUGAGUAUGACUACUUACUUGUCAAAUAAGCAACAAUAAUACUGAGGUUUUUAUUUUAUAGUUUAAAGGAUAUAAUAUGACAACACAUUUUAAAUUUUUAAAAGCAGGCGAUAAUGGAAGUUUUGUAAAUGCAAACAAAGGUGAUACUAUUGCGCGUAUACAGUAUAACGAUAGUACAAAACAUCAAUAUACCUUAGAUCUUACCGAAGGUAAAAUCAAUCAAUUAAAAUAUGCGAUGUUGGAUGAUCAUGGUAAUGUGAUUGGAACAGAGAAAACGUUCAUAUUACCUAAAUUCUUACUCAACAAGUUGAAUGACACUUUUGCAUGGAAGACUGAUUUGAGUAAUUAUACCAAAACAGAUGGUAGUAAUAUGACAGAUGAUAUACAAAAUAAAUUAAUGAGUCAUCACACUGCACAAGUAUUUGACUUUUUAAGUAGUCUAGAGACGGAAUAUAAUGCUAUGCAUUUGUAA